AUGAGCCUCCUGCCCCGCCGCUGUGCCCGCAUCCCCCGCGGUUCCCGCUCGCUGUUCACGCUGCUGGCGUUUCUGCUGCUGCUCACGCUGCAGCAGCAUCUAGCUGAAGGGGGUCCCUCCGCCGUCGUGCCCCUAACAGAGCUGCGUUGCGUUUGCUUAACCGUGACUCCAAAAAUUAAUCCCAAAAUGAUCGCUCAUCUGGAGGUGAUUGCUGCAGGUCCACAGUGUCCCAGGGUGGAAGUCAUAGCCAAGCUGAAGAACCAGAAGGAGGUCUGUCUGGACCCAGAAGCUCCUUUGAUGAAAAAAAUCAUUCAGAAAAUACUGGACAGUGGAAAUAAGAAAACUAAGAGGAACGCACUUGCACUGGAAAAAUCGCCCAGUGUUCAAUAGAAAAAUUUCUGAGGACUCUGGCACCAAUGAAGACAAGAAAGGCGGGCUGAUUUCUCCCCUAGUAAUUUUCUUUGUGAACUCCCUGCUCUGAAGAGGAAAGGGAAACGGCUGUUCCUGGAGCUCUCUGCUCAGUUUAUGAGUGUAUUUAGCAAAGCGUUUCUGAUUCUUUUCUGCUGUCUGCUACACUAUUGGAAACUGUGACAUUUUAGUGUGUAAGUCAGGAAUCUUAGGUUGCUAACCUUUCUGAAUGGCUUGAAUUGAAGAUGACUAUUGCAUUUUGUCUCUAAAAAAUAUAUGCAUGUGUGUGUGUAUAUAUAUAUAUGUAUGUAUAACUUGUAGUGUUCAUGGGAAGGCUGUGGAAUUAACUGAUUAACGAAGUUCCAUUAGAAGCUGUAGAUGGGGACACCUUCAUCCUCCCUCUCAUGAAAUGGGAACUGUUUUACUGUUGCUGCUUGUGUGUGUUGAGCUUUCUUACAUCUG